UGCCAGCUCUGUUUUCUUAGCUUGGCUUUGAUAUCAACCCAGCAUUGACUUCUAGUGUAGGACAUGGAUGACACCUUGGAUACAGAACCUUUAGAGUCAAUGGAUGAAGAUACUGACAGCAAGGAGCCUCAGAGUAAAUUUGAAGCAGUGCAAGAUGACAUGACCUCUGAAGAGAUUCUGGAACAAGUUCAAAAUGCUUCUUGUGAAGCGGCAGAAAAACUAACCCUCAAGAAACCAGUUAGUACACUUGGGUUCUUACGUCAGCGAGGAGACGGCACCACCACCCUCAGUUUUCUGACUGGUUGUGAGGGUAAUGAUCCAAGCUUGAAAGAGAAGCCUGUCAGUCUUGGACUCCUCACUGGGAAGCUUACCCAAGGUUCAGCCAUGCUCCACAACUUCCGAGAUGACAAGAGAAGCAUGGCCAAACCAAGUAUGUAACACUAGCAAAGAAUUUUCUAC